AUGGCUCAGAUUACUAUUUAUGGAAAAAUGCAGUUAUUUCUAAAAUCACAAGAGACAAGUAUAUGGCGCAUCAUUACAAAAGGAUAUUUCACGCAAAGGGUCGACCAGAAUGAUACAACAUCUACUGAAAAGAAAGAAACAAAUUGGACACUAGAAGAAAAAUCUAAGGUGCUUCUAAACUCAAAAUCUCAAUUAUUCCUAUCAUGGGCCUUACGUAGGGAAGAAAGUGAGAGAGUCGAUGAAUGCGACACUGCAAAAGAGGUAUGGUACACGCUGCAAACUCACCAUGAAGGAAUGAGUCAUGUGAAAGAAACAAGAAAGUUUGAGUUGUUUUAA